UGGUAAAAUAACGGCAUUAUAACGGUGUAACGGUGAGGGUAGAGAGUACUGGGAGAAAGAUGUAGCGAAUAUAUGUUUAAUUACAGUGGAAUACGGAGAGAUACUCGUUUACAGUCAGUCCUCCGCCCCCUAUCUCUGCCUUCACUAUCGAUGAGAGAUACUAUUUUCUCAGCUCUUCUCAUUUUAACUGACUAGUUUUGUGAUUGCGUUUUUUAUUGCGAGACUGGAAUAUAAUUUCUGUAUUUUUAUACGUUCUCUUUCUGAACACCGGAAUUAUUUCUGUGCGUCGGUGUGAAACAUGAGCGGCGGGUUAUUCGUUCAUUUUUCUCCUCGGUGCUGAGGGAUCAUUUUUAGCAUGCUAAGAAACUGACAUGCCGAUGGAACAUGUCCUAUGUUCCCUUUCAAGAUGCACGGUAUGCUGUUCCCUCCUCCCAUCACCCCCAGUCCUCCUACGCUGUGCCGUCCUACGCUGCUCCAUCCUACGAGCAUUCGGGCUGGAACGCACGUCACUGCAUGAUACCUGGAAAUCAGCUCUACAUGUUGGACCAAGAGGAGGUUCAUCCUUUACUGAUGCGCGAGCGGCGCUCCGAGUCGCACAGGAACAAACUGUUGCGACGCACGGUCAGCGUACCCGUGGAGGGGCGACACCAUCCUGAAAUGGACUCCGCUCGCCUCAGGCGGAAGAGCAUUGCCACUGGGCGCCAGCCGAGCAUGGAGACCCCUCCCAUAGCCCCCCCUCAACCUUUCCGACAGUCCAGUUUUCUCGGCCGAAGACUGAAAGGGUCUAUAAAGCGGGCGAAGAGCCAGCCUAAGUUGGACAGAACCAGUAGCUUCCGGCAAAUGAUUCUCCCACGUUUCCGCAGUGCUGAUCAGGACAGGACUCGCCUGAUGCAGAGCUUCAAAGAGUCCCAUUCCCAUGAGUCCCUGCUGUCUCCCAGUAGUGCAGCGGAGGCACUGGACCUCACACUGGACGAGGAUGCCAUCAUCAAACCAGUUCACUCCAGCAUUCUAGGACAGGAGUACUGCUUUGAGGUGACGACUGCUUCUGGAACAAAGUGUUUUGCCUGUCGGUCGGCUGCAGAAAGAGACAAAUGGAUUGAAAAUCUACAGAGAGCCGUCAAGCCAAACAAAGACAACAGUCGGAGAGUGGACAAUGUGUUGAAGUUGUGGAUCAUCGAGGCUCGGGAGUUGCCACCCAAAAAGCGCUAUUACUGUGAACUGUGUUUGGACGACAUGCUGUAUGCACGCACCACCAGCAAACCCCGCACCGACACCGUCUUCUGGGGUGAGCACUUUGAAUUCAACAACCUCCCAGCUGUCCGCAACCUCCGCCUUCAUCUCUACAAAGAGACAGACAAAAAAAGACGAAAGGAGAAGAGUACAUAUUUAGGACUGGUCAGCAUUCCCAUAUCCAGUAUCACUGGUCGGCAGUUCGUAGAGCAAUGGUAUCCAGUGAUUCAGCCCAGUGUCCUGGCUAAAGGAGGAGGCGUAGGAGGGGGCAAGAUCAUCAACGCUUCUUUGCGGCUCAAGUCUCGCUACCAGACCAUGAGUAUCCUGCCAAUGGAUCUGUACAAAGAGUUUGCAGAGUAUGUCACCAACAACUAUCGGACACUGUGCGCCGUCCUGGAACCACUGCUUAGCGUCAAAAGCAAAGAGGAGGUGGCAUGUGCGCUGGUGCACAUUCUGCAAAGUACAGGAAAAGCAAAGGACUUUCUUUCAGACAUGGCGAUGUGUGAGGUGGACCGAUUUAUCGACCGAGAGCACCUCAUUUUUCGAGAGAACACCCUAGCCACCAAAGCUAUAGAAGAGUACCUCAAACUCAUCGGACAUAAGUACCUCAAAGAUGCUUUAGGUGACUUUAUUCGAGCCCUGUAUGAGUCAGAGGAGAACUGUGAGGUUGAUCCUAUGAGGACUCCACCUUCUGUUUUACUGGACCAUCAGGCCAACCUUCGCAUGUGCUGUGAGCUUGCUCUCUGCAAAAUCGUCAACUCUCAUUGCGUGUUUCCCCGUGAGCUGAAGGAGGUCUUUGCUUCCUGGCGAGUACGUUGUGCUGAGAGAGGAAGGGAGGACAUUGCCGACCGUCUAAUCAGUGGCUCUCUUUUCUUGCGCUUCCUCUGCCCUGCUGUCAUGUCCCCCUCCUUAUUUAACCUCACCCAGGAAUACCCUGAUGAGCAGACAUCUCGAACACUUACACUCAUAGCCAAAGUUCUGCAGAACCUUGCCAACUUCUCAAAGUUUGGCAGUAAGGAGGAAUAUAUGUGCUUCAUGAAUGAGUUUUUAGAGAUGGAGUGGGGUUCCAUGCAGCAGUUUCUGUAUGAGAUCUCCAAUCUAGACAGCAUAACCAAUGCAGGUGCUUUUGAGGGCUACAUCGACUUGGGAAGGGAGCUCUCAGUUCUGCACAGCCUUUUGUGGGAGGUCAUGGCCCAGCUUAGUAAAGAUGCCAUCAUUAAACUCGGACCAUUACCUCGCCUUCUGAAUGACAUUAGCAUGGCUCUUCGCAACCCACAUCUUCAAAGACAGCCCAGCCACCAGACAGAAAGACAACCUUCAGAGAGACAAACCGACCGGCUGCUGUCACGGCCAAGCUUUAACAGGGGAGUCUCAUCCGAAUUUCAGAACCUCAUGAUGAGGGACCUCAACAGUUCCAUAGAUAUCACUCGCUUGCCUUCCCCAACCUCCGCUCUGUCCAGUGGUGGGAUUCCUGCAUCGCGGCCCGGAAUGGGAGGUUAUGCCGAUCGGGAUCAUCCACACCGGGCCUCUUCUAAAGAUGUUUUUUUUGUCACUCGUCCCCCACUGGCACGGUCUAGUCCUGCAUACUGUACUAGCAGCUCUGAUAUUACCGAUCCAGACCCAAAGGACUCCAGAAUGAACAGCGUCUCUAACCUGCAGUCUGUGGGGGACAUGCUCAACUCUCCCCAGGCCUCGCUUGCUGGCUUUGGUGGCCUCGGUGGUGCAGGAGGAGGCCUUGGCGGUCAGCUGCGCGCCGGAGGAGGACGGAUGUCGGCCGGCUCGGGUGGCUCCAGCGUGUCCGGUGGCCUGAGACUAAGUCAGCUGAGCCAGACGGGUACCACCACGGACUCGCUGUCCCAGCAGCAGCAGGCGGCUGCACUACGCUACCCCCUCUCUUUCCAGAACCCUCUUUUCCACAUGGCUGCAGAUGGGCCCCAGCUACAGCGACAGCCAAGCCGUGCUCAGGUGCCUCCACCCCUCUUGCUCGCCCCAGAGCCAGAUUCGUCACACCCCGCAUACCUGCCGCAGUUUGCACGCGGCGCCUUCUCCCGGAGCGAGGACCUGUCCACACUCAGGCCAGGGCCACACCUCGCUCAGCCCAGCAUAGUCCACUCUCACAGCUACAGCGACGAUUAUACUCGCCAUGGCCAUGAUUAUGGCCGACGACAAAUCUCUAUGCACAUGCAGGAUAACCUCCAGCAGUCACAAAUGAUGGGCAUGACCUCACAAACAGGCACAUCUCAUUCCUCGCUUGCCUCACCUCCCUCCACCGUGCAGCCUGUCCGUCAAACCUCCAUAGCCCCACCUUCCACACAGCGGAUGAAGUCCCAAACCUCCCAUCAGCUUUCGGUGAGCUCGGCCGCUGGUGCCACACCUCCAACCAAGACGAGGCCACAGAGCGGGAACCUGCUCCAAUCUCCCGAGUCUGGAUUUGGAGCAAGGCAGCAGGGUCCUCGACAGCAGCUGUCCGUCAAGGAUAACACAGCGCCAGGCCUGCCUCAUCAGCACAGCUCUACCCGGGAGAGCCAGGGAUCACAGGGCUCUCAGGGGGGGACGCCACAAUCGACACAGCAAUUGCACAAGGAGCGACAGCACUCGCAACAACAUUUACUCAAGCCUUCCAUCAGCAAACAGGGCUCAUCUCCCAACACCCUAAACCCACUCACCCCUGCUUCAGAAAGGACGGUUGCUUGGGUGUCCAACAUGCCACACCUGUCUGCUGACAUUGAGAGUUCUCGCAUAGAGAGAGAGGAAUACAAGCUGAAGGAGUACUCCAAAAGCAUGGACGAGUCACGUUUAGAUAGGGUGCGUGAAUAUGAGGAGGAGAUUCAAUCUCUGAAGGCGCGGCUGAUGAUGUCCCAUCGAAAGCUGGAGGAGUAUGAGAGGAGGCUACUCACUCAGGAGCAGCAGACCAACAAGAUCCUGCUACAGUACCAGAGUCGCCUGGAUGACAGUGAGAGGAGGCUGAUGCAACAGCAGCUGGAGAAGGACUCCCAAAUAAAAGGAAUAAUUGACAGACUCAUGGCAGUGGAGGAUGAGUUGAGGGUUGGGGCAGCAACUGAGCAUAAAGCCAGAAUGUUUGCAGAUCAGGGGAGGCGGCAGUCCAUCCUAGUGCAGCCCCGUCUUGCUCCCGUCCCUCCUCGAAUGCACAGCCAAUCGCACAGCUUUGUGGAGGACAAUCUGGAACCUAAUUGGAUGCCUCAGCUUGGACAGCCUUCUGAAUGGCGUGGUUUUAAUGCGAGGGCGAUGUCGCGUGAUUCACUUGCUUGACAGAGAGGAAACUGAGGCUCGGAACAUAUGUUCCAGAGCCCCAGAAGACCCAAAGUGAAUAUAGGUACCCUCUCUAAUAUUCUUUCUGUUUCAUAUUAGGAUGUUCACUUCUAUUAUGAACUUUGAUGCCUUACAGGCAUUUGUGGGUGUGCAUGCAUGUCAGGGAUGACUUCUACGUCUAAACAUUUGAGCAAUGAAAAACUCUUUAGAAAAGUGAAUAAAAGUAUAAAGCACUCAUCAAAUAGUGGAGCACAUUUCAUCUUAAAAUAUGAACGGUGGGUGAGGAACGUUUUAAAGGUGCUGUUCUUUUAGUGUGUUUCCUAAACAGAUACUAAAAGAUAUAAAU